AUGGCAUCGGCUUCGGAAUCUGCCAAUAAUCACAUGUCUCCCUUCAUCACUGAUGACAAUCCUCUUCGAAUGUCUCCCAAAGCAUUGGAGAAUGCUUCACCACCCGUCUGCCAGGGUGCACCUGAGCAAAACGAGCGCUUCUUUCGCUCAGGAUCUUGCAUGUGCCUACGCACUAUCAAAUCCAACAUGGCCCCAUCUAGCCCAUACAUGAUGCUCGUAGUUAUCACCGUACUCGUAAUAAGUACCUCCCUCAUCGUAUCUGUAGGCAUCGGCUUCUGCCCAUCGGCUCCAACGAGCGAGCAUGGCCUGAAGAAGCGAAUGGAAGCUGGCCACUUGGACAACAUGAUGCUGUACGUGCUUGGCGGGGGGAUGGUAAUCGCGCUGGUUGUCGGUAUCAGUACGAGCUGGAUCUUGCAAAGGAAGCAGUUUACGGCCCAGAAGAAGCAGAAGGAUGAUUCCAGGAAGGGUAUCGUCUGGAAGGCAAAUAGGGGCUAUGUUGUGUGA